AUGAGCUUGACUCAUUUGUCUGAUAAUGCCCUCAAUAUCGCACUCAGAGCUGCAGCAAGAGCAGUCAUCCAGUCUCUACAGGCAAUGCCAGAACUGCAGGGCGCUAAGGUUGCAAUUGUCGGUGGCCUAGCAGUCCAAAAUUAUGUGAAAAUUAAACGGCGAACCUUGGAUGUGGAUGUGCUGCUUUUCAGGCCUGACCAUCCCAUUGACACCCAAUGGAUCCGCAAGGAGCUGGUCUCCCGGUUCCGGAAGUCCUUCAAGGCGUGCGGACAGCCGCUGUUCUUCAAGUACAAAUGUAAGGGCAAACGGAAGGGCAAACGGAAGGGCACACGGAAGGGCAAACUAAAGGCCAAACCGAAGUGCAAACGGACGUACUUAGUGCAGGUGGAUAUCAUUCCAGGGUACUUGCCACCGUACCUGCCUGGGAAUGCAAUGACGCUGGAAGACGUCAACUUAAAGCAUCUGCCAUUUAUUGCCCUGUUGGACCUCCUCGCGUACAAGGUCCACAGCUCCAGCAUGCGUUCCUGUCCGAAAAAGCAAAAGCAGGACGCCAAGGACGCGACCAGGCUCUGGAAAACGCUAUACGGUCAACGGUAUGUUCCGCUGAGUGAUGGCCAGUGA